GAGGUUUUCACUCACUCCGAGAACGCUCCGCUACCGCUCCGUCACGAGCACAAAUUAUGCCAACUCACGCAUUAAACAUAAUUAGUUAGCUUGACAGAUAUGUGGAUCACAUAUAAAGGUUAAAAUGGCGAUGGACGAGUGCGGGAGGUUAAAGCAUGUUCAGGUGGGAGUGGAACUUAGAGUGGAGAAAGAGGUGCAGAGACAGACUGAUAGCUGGAAAGAAGCAAACUAGAACAGACAGCAGCAAGAGAGAGGCGUAGAAGAGGAGGAACACAGCAUGAAUGUAGCAUGGAGGUGAAGGAGCGUCGGCCUUACUGCGCUUUCUCUCGGAGCAGGAGAGAACGAGGGAGAGACUGGGAGAGGGAAGAAGACAGAGAGGAGGGGGAGGGCUACAGGGAGGGUCCCGGCAACCGCCGUCACACCGGCUCAUCCUCCGUCCUUACCCAGAAGUCUUAUAGCUCCAGUGAGACGCUGAAGGCCUUUGAUCAACAUCCAUCCACCCAGGGGCUUUAUGGGCAUCGCAUGCUAGACAUGGUGCCAAGGGACACUGAGGAAUACAGAGCUCCAGGCCAGAGUCUGUCACUGAGACAGCUUGGGAUAUGCGGCCCUGCUCCUCGCCGUGGUCUGAGCUUCUGCGCUGAGACUGGACUCAGUCAUCAUACACAGCUCAGCGGAGCAGACCAAAUCCAGAACGCCGGGGGCAUACCUCCUGACUGCGCCAUGCUAUGGGUUAAGACACACGGACGGGACGCGCAGCUGUCCUGCCGGUCCAACUCUGCUUUAGCACUCACAGACACAGAGCAGGACAACAAAUCGGGUCAGGAGAAUGACCAGCUUCCCAGCCAAGCAGGACCGCCUCCUCUGCCACCUGCUCCACAUCAACACAAGCAGCAUCCGUCAGUCACCUCCCUCAACCAGUCACUGGCCAAUCAGCCGACAGAGCUUCAGAGCGCAUCUGAAUGUGUGCAGCUGCAAGAAAACUGGGUUCUGGGUGGCAACGUGGGCUUGGAGAACAG